GAGAGUAAAGAUUUGGUGGGGGAGAUAAGAGACCCCACCCAUUUAGCUAAGCUACAAAAAUGACACCACAAAUCUCUAUCCAUCUCCCUAAUUCAACAGUCUUUGCAUGAAGCGGUCGAAUCCACGUGCCUUCUCUCUUACUAGUAACCAUUUUCCCUCUUCUCCACCGCCGUUUCCAUCACAUUCCCGGCAAAAUAACGUAACUGCACGCGCUUUAUUAUUCCACUGCACUCUCACUCACUCUUUCAUUAGUUUCAGCUUCAUUUCAAUAUUUUCAUUAUUCUAUUUGUAAAUAAAAUUCCAUGGCAGUAAUGUAGAGAAAGUGAAGACUGUGAAUUACGCAUCUUUCAAAAACCCUCUUUCUUUGGGGAUAGAUUGAUCAAAGGCGAUUCCUUUUGUUCUCGCCGACUUCAACUAUAAAAAGUUAUCAUCACUCCCACACUUUGCACCUUUCACCUUCUGGUAUUAUGCUUCGGUUUCAAUGCGUUAAUCUUCUGCUUCAACGACGAUCUUAGGUUUUCGUCUUCGAUUCCCGUUCUUUAUAGACUGAUUUACGAUUUUUUCUUGGUCUAUUUCGAUUUUAUUUUUUGAAAUUGUCAUUUUCGGUGUUCAUGGCGUUUGAUCAAAACUCAAGUCCCAGAGAUAUGCGACUACCACCGCCGCCGAAUGUGGUCCGGUCGGAGGAGCCACAUGUAUUGCCAGUUAGUACGGCGGCUGUUAGGGACAAUGGUGCUGUUCCGGUUUAUUAUCCUGAUGGUGGGUUGGCUGGAGUGGGAUAUGGAAAUGUGGCUUCUGGUGCUACUGCUUCUACCACCUGGUGCAUUCGCCCUGGUGUUCCCCAUCCUCAUCCUCAUCCGGCUUUGAACCCUACUGUAGGGUUUAGUUUUCCCAGUCGUGUUGCUGGUGGCAAUGCUGUUGAUCUUUCGGGUAGUUUUGUUGCAGCUGCUAAUGGAUAUCCUUUGAAUUUGGGUAAUUGGGUUACGGGUAAUGCUCUGGAUAAUAAUAAUAACAUUCAGUCCAAUAGCAGAGUAAUUGCCAAUGGCGGUGAUCGUGCUGGUGGUGUUGGAUUGAUUGGGUCUCGUUCCAAUCCCCCUGCUAGCCAGGGGGUUGAUGAAAACGGCGGGGAUGAUUCGGUUUCGGGGCGCAAAAUGAAAUUUAUGUGCAGUUAUGGUGGGAAGAUUUUGCCUAGACCUAGUGAUGGAAUGUUGAGGUAUGUUGGUGGGCAGACUAGGAUAAUAAGUGUUAAGAGAGAUGUGAGUUUUAAUGAUUUGGCACAAAAGAUGGUUAAUACUUUUGGGCAACCUGUUGUUAUCAAAUAUCAGCUUCCUGGUGAGGAUCUUGAUGCACUGGUCUCGGUUUCCUGUGCCGAUGAUCUGGAUAAUAUGAUGGAAGAGUAUGAAAGGUUGAUUGAGAGGUCUUCAGAUGGUUCUCCGAAGUUAAGGGUCUUUCUUUUUUCUGCUUCAGAAUUUGAUCCUUCUGGUGUGUUGCAGUUUGUAAAUUUACAUGAUGGUGGGCAGAAAUAUGUUGAAGCUGUGAAUGGAAUUGCUGACAGGAUUAGUGCCAAACUCACAAGGAAAGGGAGUAUUACAAGUGCAGGUUCUACUCAAAAUUCUGAUUUGGGUGGGAUAGAGGCCCCUGAUGGCACAAAUGCUGCUCAAGUAGAUGUUAAUGGCCCUCCUAUGUCCAGCACUUUAUCACCCGAUGCAAGUGUUGCUGCAUCUUAUGACGUUACUACUUCAAAUGUUAUGGUUUCUGAGCCUGUUGAAUCAAUAUGCUCAGAUAUUUCUGCUGUUUCAUUGGGCAUACCUGUGGUGGCUAAUUCAGGUCCAACUCCCACUCUACCUUUCCAGAAUGAGGUUGAAGUAGAAAAGUCUCCGCCCACUACUUUGUCCCAGCAGCAAUUUGGGUCGCAGCAGUCUGGAAUGGAAAUCCAGCCAUCUGUGCCUAUGCAGGCUUUCGUUGAUCCUCGACAGGAACUUCUGAACCAUGUAGAUUAUGUCCAGAUGCCUGCCCAUAUGGGAUUCCCAAGUUCCCAGCUUAUGGGUAGGCCUGGAACUAUCUACUCUCAGCAUCAUUUUCAUGAUCAUACUGCUGGUUAUGUAUCCCAACAGGUAAUCCCUGCAGUGCAGAUGACAAUGGCUCAGCCAUCUUCUCAUGCUGGUAUAAGACCAUGUGUUAUUCAACCACGACCAGUCAUGCAAGGACAACCAAAUGGUUUUGAGCAGUUUUAUGAUGAAAAUACUUCAGGGCUAAGGAUGCACCACCAGCUUGUUGCUGAGCAAAGUUACAAAGCAUAUCCACAUCAAGUCCCUUUCGGAGGUAAUUAUGGCUGGGUUCAGGUUUCUCCAUCGGAGCAUGUUAUUUUUCACGAUGGAUUGUUACCUCAACAACCGGUAGUGGUCCCUCAAAGAAUGGAGGACUGUUAUAUGUGUCAGAAAAAACUACCUCAUGCACAUUCAGAUCCCGUGGUACAGGAUCAGCGUAGUAGCUGUGCAGGUUUAAUUCCUGAUUCAAUGGCAAGCUACAAUAGCCUCCCAGUUGAGGAUACUUUAAGACCUCAACCAACAAAUAGGGUUUUGGUGACUGCACCAGUGAAGGAAGGCAAUGUUAAUGUUGAACAAGCAGUUGGGACUAGACCCAGGGUCAUCAUACCGUGCAGUGACACAAGUGGUCUUUCUGUGGAGGCUGAAGGUGAGAGAAACUUUAGAGUGGAUAGGCCUGAUAAUCCCAGAAAUGCAGCAGUUAUCCCGGAAAUAGUGGGAAGAACAGGUGAAAAACAGUUGCCACAGGAUGGCCUGACAGGAACAGCGCCACUGUCCUAUCUAGAUGAUUUUGCUCGCCAGCACAUGGUGCCAGUUGAAAACUGGGCCAAAGAGGACGUGGUUGUGAAUAAGCCUGUUAACGAAAUACCUUUAGUUGGUGGCACAUCUGUUGAAACUUCUGAGACUAUGGUUCAAGAAUCAUCAACACAAUAUACUAAUGAGCUUGCUAGUACAAUUUCAAAAGCAGAUGCAGUGGAGAAUUGGAUUGCACAUGACCUGCUCAAACAUAUUGAUGGAAGAAUGGACAACCUCAAGAUAAGCAACCCUGAAACUUUUGUAAAUAAUGAUAAUUUUGAUUACAAUACUCAACAUGCUUUAGAGAAAAAAGAUUUGGUUUUGGAUAACAACACUGGCAGGUCAAAAUUGAUUGCUGAUGGAAAUCAAAUUAAGAUGAUGGAUACUCUUCCUAACUCCAAUGUAGAAAUUUCAUAUGGUAAUAAUUCUAGGCAAGUUGAGUACAAUGAGGCCGCACACCCGCCAGUUUGGGGCAUUCCUGGAGUAAAUCCUCAAUCUAAGAAUGGAAUCCAUCAGAAGGACGAAGCAGUGUUAUCUUCAAUUUCGCAAUCUGUUGGGUUUGGACAUGUGCAGGAUUCUUCAAACUCACUAUUUAGCAAUCAAGAUCCCUGGAAUCUACACGGCACCUACUUUCCACCACAUAGACCUGACAAAGUCACGUCAAAAAAAGAAACCUAUUCUUUUAUUGACCAGUUUGGGGAGAAUUCAGGCAACGGUGGGGAACAUAAGUUUGAUGCUCAAUUGGAUGAUGGUCUCUAUCAGACAUUCAAACAAAAUUUAACAUUAGAAGAAGCUCGAUAUGCCAAGGAAGAGCAACAACUUCAAGCUGUUGCUGAAAGUUUAGCUGCAUCCGUUCUGCAUUCUAGCACUUCAAAUCCUGACUUACAUGCCCGAGAUGUAUCCCAUCAUGAAGACACUGAGGAUGGAGAUGUUCGAAAUAAUAUACUAAAUAUACAGUGUAAAGAAAAAACUCAGGAUGACAAAAGCAAGCUCUCAGAGAAGGCAAAUUUUGGCUUUCCAGCAUCAGAUGUUGGAGCGUUACAGAUUAUAAAGAAUAGUGACCUUGAAGAGCUAGUAGAAUUGGGAUCUGGGACCUUCGGGACUGUGUAUCAUGGAAAAUGGAGAGGUACUGAUGUUGCAAUAAAGCGGAUUAAUGAUAGGUGUUUUGCUGGAAAGCCUUCAGAGCAAGAACGCUUGAGAGCUGAUUUUUGGAAUGAGGCAAUCAAGCUAGCUGACUUACACCACCCAAAUGUGGUAGCUUUCUAUGGUGUUGUUCUUGAUGGCCCAGGAGGUUCUGUGGCAACAGUAACAGAGUAUAUGGUUAAUGGUUCUCUAAGAAAUGCCUUCGAGAAGAAUGGAAGGAAUGUUGACAAGCGCAAGCGUCUUAUGAUUGCAAUGGAUGUGGCCUUUGGUAUGGAGUACCUCCAUGGAAAAAACAUAGUACACUUUGACUUGAAAAGUGACAACUUGCUUGUGAAUCUUCGUGAUCCACAUCGCCCAAUAUGCAAGGUUGGGGACUUGGGCCUGUCCAAAGUAAAAUGCCAGACUCUAAUAUCCGGUGGUGUUAGAGGAACCCUACCUUGGAUGGCACCUGAACUGCUGAAUGGGAGUAGUAGCCUUGUUUCAGAAAAGGUUGAUGUGUUCUCAUUUGGUAUUGUCAUGUGGGAACUGCUCACUGGAGAAGAGCCGUAUGCUGAUUUGCACUAUGGGGCAAUCAUAGGUGGCAUUGUGAACAACACUUUGCGGCCUCUAGUUCCAGAAUCUUGUGAUCCAGAAUGGAGAGUGGUGAUGGAGAGGUGCUGGUCUUCAGAACCAUCAGAAAGACCUUCAUUUACAGAGAUUGCCAAUGAUUUACGUUUCAUGGCUGCCAAGAUCUCUCCCAAAGGACAAAAUCAACAACAGCAACCUGCUUCAUCUCAGAAUCAAGUGCAGAAGUAAUUUCCUGCAACUGCAGGAGCAAGAUGCUUAAUCCUAUGUCCCUCUAUGGUUUGUGUUUCCCAUCCAUUUGGUGGAUGAAUACGUUUUGCAAUGUUUUCCAUAUGAAGGUCUCGUAAGUGUCAGAAGGUAAACCUAUGGUUGUUACCAAGUGCCAAGUCGUCUAGUAGCAGUACUACUACUACUACCUAUUCUUGUAAUAUACCCAAACUUCACUGGACCCUGUAAGUUUUAGUUCGUUACUAGAAAAAGAAAAAGAUAAAGAAAAAUGUUUGUUCAUAUUCUAAACUGUUUACAGUUGUAAAAAUUGAUAUGGUAAAGAGUAGCAGCACUUUUAACUA